CCGGGGAGACUGGCUCGGCGGUGGCGCUUGCUGUUUGGGAGGGACGGUAGGGGUUGACAGAUGGAGAGUGGGAAGAAGGGCCUUCCGGGUGGAAGGAACAGCACGUGCAAGUCUGUGAAGGUGGGGACCCGGGACUGGUCUGCAGCACUGUGGGGAGGGGAAGGAUCUUGGUGCCGUUGCCCGUCCAGACCCUUGAAUGUGACCCCCGGGUUAGGAUCCUUUCUUGCGCGCUCUUGUAUACCCCAGUGCCUGCGCCGAGGCCACAGACGUGACAUGAGCACCGGCCUGAAAGGCAAGAUGUUUCUGGAAGGGAAGCUGUGUUAGGUGUGGUGCGGGGUUCAGAGUUGUAAAGAAACUUCAGUGGGGUGUAGACUGGUGCUGACGUCAGUGCUUUUCUCAUUUGAGGGCUCUGGGGAUUCAGUGGGCUGUCUGUGGGAGCCUGUAGCAGAGUGCAAGGCAGAGGAGCUCCAGGGUCAGGAGCUUUGACGGUUAUUAUUAGGUUUGGGAUUACCUGUUGCCGUGGACCUCAGCUAGGGGUGAUUGUGUCCCCUAGGGGACAUUUGGCAAUGUCAGGAGAUGGCGGUGGUUACAAUGAGGGGGGCUCCUGGGACCCGGUGGGUCGAGGCCAGGGAUGCUGCUCUCCAUUGCACAGUGCACAGGACAGCUGCCCCACAGCAGUAUUUUCCAGCCCCAAAUGUCAGUAGUGCUGCGGGGGAGAAACCCUGCUCUCCUGCUUGGGCGUCGUGUAGUUUUGUCUUAUCUGCGCAGUUGCCACCUGUCAGCGGCUGUGUGUUCUGAGCUGUGCAUUUUGACUUACUUUCGCGUCUUCAGUGAUUUUUGUUGGGUCACCUACUGUUUCUCGGCAUUAGAGGAGAACCUGCUCUUUCCACCCCCCACCCUCCGCAGCACCAACACUUUUUUCCAGGAUCUGUGGAAAGUGACUUUAGCAGGUCACUUUCCCCUUCCGGACUUCACAGUUUUUAUUAAUUCAACAAGUAUUUCUAGCUGUCGGCUUGGCCUUCUGCAGAGCGAGGCAGGUGACGGGACAGGUGAAUCCUGUCACAGAGCGCUCAGAUGCUGUCAUAGGGUUACCACGGAAGUGUGGAAGUGUGGAGCAGGCCCCUAACACAGUCAGGGGAGGCUUCCUGGAGGAAGUGGUGUCUGUGCUGAAGCCUGAAGGACCCAGGAGGAGCUAGUCAGGCUCAGAGAGCUGGAGGGGAGGCAGAGGGAGCAGCCAGCCAGGGCAGAGGCCAGGGUGCCUACGAGCAGUCAGGUGUGGCCGGGAGUGUUGGGCGCCAUGCAGGUUGCCGCAAGAGAUGAGGGCGCCAUGUUUUGGAAGUUUGACCUGCACACAAGCUCACACCUGGACACACUGCUGGAGCGGGAGGACCUGAGCCUGCCCGAGCUCCUGGACGAGGAGGACGUGCUGCAGGAGUGCAAGGUCGUCAACCGCAAGCUGCUGGACUUCCUGCUGCAGCCGCCGCACCUGCAGGCCAUGGUGGCCUGGGUCACCCAGGAGCCGCCGGCCAGCGGCGAGGAGCGGCUGCGCUACAAGUACCCCAGCGUGGCCUGCGAGAUCCUGACCUCAGACGUGCCCCAGAUCAACGACGCACUGGGCGCUGACGAGUCCCUCCUGAACCGGCUCUACGGCUUCCUCCAGAGCAGCGGCAGCCUCAACCCGCUGCUGGCCAGCUUCUUCAGCAAGGUCAUGGGCAUCCUCAUCAACCGCAAGACGGACCAGCUCGUGUCCUUCCUGAGGAAGAAGGACGACUUCGUGGACCUGCUGCUGCAGCACAUCGGCACCUCGGCCAUCAUGGACCUCCUGCUGCGCCUGCUCACCUGCGUGGAGCGGCCACAGCUGAGGCAGGACGUAGUCAACUGGCUCAACGAGGAGAAGAUUGUGCAGCGGCUCAUAGAGCAGAUCCACCCGUCAAAGGACGACAAUCAACAUUCCAAUGCAUCCCAGUCCCUGUGCGACAUCAUCCGCUUGAGCCGGGAGCAGAUGAUCCAGGUCCAGGACAGCCCGGAACCUGACCAGCUGUUGGCCACCCUGGAGAAGCAGGAGACGAUUGAGCAGCUCCUGAGCAACAUGCUGGAGGGGGAGCAGAGCCAGUCUGUCAUCGUGAGCGGGAUCCAGGUGCUGCUGACCCUGCUGGAGCCCCGAAGGCCAAGGUCCGAGUCUGUGACCUUGAACAACUUCUUUAGCAGCGUGGAUGGGCAGCUGGACCUCCUGGCCCAGGCGACCCUGGAUAGCACCACAUCCAGCGUGGGCGUCCUGCACGCCCUGCGCCCACGGCUCGGCUGUUUCCACCAGCUCCUGCUUGAGCCCCCCAAGCUGGAGCCGCUGCGAACUACGUGGGGCAGUCUGGCCCCGCCGCUGGGUAACACCCGACUGCAUGUGGUCAAGCUGCUGGCCAGCGCUCUGAGCGCCAACGAUGCGGCCCUGACCCAGGAGCUCCUGGCACUGGACGUGCCCAACACCAUGCUGGACCUCUUCUUCCACUAUAUGUUCAACAACUUCCUGCACGCACAAGUGGAGCUGUGUGUGAGUGCCAUGCUGAGCGCUGCACCUCCUUCCGACAGCAGCCUCGAGAUGUCUGCCCCGAACCCCGUCGUGAAACAUCUGCUGCAGGAGUGCCGCCUGGUGGAGCGCAUCCUGACCUCCUGGGAGGAGAACGACCUUGUGCAGUCUGCCGGGGGCCCCCGCAAAGGCUACAUGGGCCACCUGACGAGACUGGCCAGUGCCCUGGUGCAGAACACAGAGAAGGGGCCCAACGCUGAGCAGCUGGGGCAGCUGCUGAAGGAACUGCCCAGUGAGCAGCAGGAGCAGUGGGAGGCCUUUGUGUCUGGACCCCUGGCAGAGACCAACAAGAAGAACGCAGUGGACCUGGUGAGCACCCACCACCUGCACUCCUCCAGCGACGAUGAGGACGACCGGCUCAAGGAGUUCAACUUCCCCGAGGAGGCGGUGCUGCAGCAGGCCUUCAUGGACUUCCAGAUGCAGCGCAUGACCUCAGCCUUCAUCGACCACUUCGGCUUCAAUGACGAGGAGUUUGGGGAGCAGGAGGAGAGUGUGAACGCGCCUUUCGACAAGACGGCCAACAUCACCUUCUCCCUCAACGCCGAUGAUGAGAAUCCCAACGCCAACCUGCUGGAGAUAUGCUACAAGGACCGCAUCCAGCAGUUCGACGACGAGGAGGACGAGGAGGAGGAGGAGGAGGAGGGCCAGGGCUCCGGGGAGUCUGACGAGGAGGACGGCGCCUGGCAGGGCAGCCAGCUGGCUAGGGGAGCCCGCCGAGGCCAGCCCCUGGGUGUGCGGAGUGGAGGCAGCACAGACAGCGAGGAGGAGGACGAGGAGGACGAGGAGGACGAGGACGACGGCGAUGGCCGUGCGGCUGGUGGGGGGGCCAGGCCUCCCUCUUAUCCUAGCCCCGGCCCCCAGCCUCCGGGCCCCAGCUGGACAGCCACCUUUGACCCAGUGCCUACAGAUGCCCUGACUGGCCCCCGAGACUCUGGGGAGAAGGAGCCAAGCUCUGGGCUCCCCACCCCACAGGGGUCCCUUGGAGUACCCCGGGACCUCCCUGCCCUGAGCCCAGCCGGCCCUGCGGCCCACACCGCCCUGCAGCUCAGGUCUCAGGACCCCACAUCCCCUUCAGCACCUCAGGAAGCCACAGAUGGCAGCAAAGUAGCAGAGCCCUUGGCCCCCUGCCAGGCCUUGGUCAGCAUCGGGGACUUCCAGGCCACACUCAGAGGGACACGCUCCACCCCCAGCUCCUUGGACAGUGCAACCAGAGACCCUGCUACCUCUGUCCCAGCCCCCGGGGCCUGCCAGCACCCCCAGACCACAGAGGGGGAGAAGAGCCCAGAGCCCCUGGGGCUCCCCCAAAGCCAGAGUGCCCAGGCCCUUGAGCCGCCCCUGAUGGCCAACGGCUCUGCCCCGGGAGGGCCAGCAUCCCUGGGCUCCCAGUAACUGCCUGUCCUGGUGGUGGCGGCUACAUCCUCCUUACUCCACGUGGACCCUGCCCGAGUGGGGGCAGGGCGGGUCCCACGAUGGCCCUGUUGCCCCAUCACCCGGUCCCCCCCAUCUGCCCCGACGUGCUCUCCUCUGGACUCCCAGGAGCCUGGUGCCGGAGAGACAGGCCCCUACCCAUCCCCAUUUGCACUGAGAAAAGAAAUUAUGGAGUUUUGUCUCCUAGAAUAAAGAAACAGAGUUGAGUAGAAAGAAAGGAGAGAGAGAGACCUAUAUUAUAUAUUAUAUAUAUAGAGAGAGAGCAGGUGGGUGGAGAGCCAGGAGGAGGCCCGGCCUGGCAGGGCAGCGGGUGGGACCUUCAUCCCAUCUUGGUGGGGGCUGUGUUGGGGUCCUGAGGCCAUUGUCCACCCUCCCCUCCCACCAUGCCCCCAGCCUCCGGUGCAGAUGCCCACACCCACACUCGGCUCAUACCCACCUCCAGGGAGGGCCCAAGUGGGGCCGUGCCUUUGCCCAAACCCUUGCCCUGGACCCUGCACUUUGACCCAGGCUGGGAGCUAAAGGACCCGUUGCCUGGCCCUGCUGGCUCUGUGGGAGCUGGUGGUCCCCAUCCAAGGGGGUCUCUCCGGUGACAUUCCCAUGGGGCCCCGAUGCACUCACUGAGAUCGCCUCUCGCCCCUGCACCUCCCAUGGACCCCAGGGCGGGGGUUGGCGGGGGUCCGGCUGGGGUCCCCUUCCCAUGCCCAAGGGUUUGGGGUCCAGCCCAGCUGCCAAGUGACCUUGUCCCAGCUCCCUCUCCCCAGGCUGGCGUGAGUGUGCGUGUGUUCGUGCCGAGCUUCUAUUUCAUAUUGCAAAUAUAAAUAAAUAAAGACCGUUUAAGAUUC